AUGUCAUCAACAGCUCAAUUGAUUGUUUCUAUUUCUCAAACUUUUAUGACCUAUAGUGGUUUUCUUUUCUUAUUUCUGGGAGUCAUUGGUAAUAUGAUAAAUAUCAUUGUAUUGCAUAAAUUACGACUUUUUCGAGGACAUCCAUCUGUUUUCUAUUUCACAAUUGAAUCAAUCGGGAAUUUAGCUCAACUUAUUAUCAACUAUCCAACACGAAUCAUAUCCAAUGGAUUUGGCAUUGAUCUCACAAAUAUAUCAAGGGAAUUUUGUAAGAUAAGAGCAUUUCUUGCACCAACUGUUACGCUCAUACCUGCAUAUACGAUUUGUUUGGCUUGUUUCGAUCAAUUUCUUUCUACACAUUAUAAUCCAUUUUUUAAACAAAAAAGUAGUAUUCGUCUUGCUAAAUAUCUUGCAUUUACUUUAAUUAUCGUACUCUUUCUGCAUGGUAUCCCAUUUAUUUUGUUUUUUGAUCUACCACCUUCAAUGACUUGUAAAAACUAUAAUGCUAGAUUUGGUCAAUAUUAUUCAUUUGUUUACUAUCCGAUUGUGGUUGGUAUAUUGCCGAUGACUAUUGCAUCAUUAUUCAGUUUUUUAGCCUUUCGUAAUGUUCGUCAUCUAGUUCGACAACAACUUCGAAUUACACGUCGUCGACUUGAUCAACAACUCACAGCUAUGGUACUUGCUCGUGCAAUCUGUCUUGGACUUCUAAUGCUGCCGUAUACAACAUAUCGAAUAUAUAUACUUAAUGUGACUGUCGAUAAAAGUCAAUUAGUUUUAUCGGCCAUUAAUAAUACACUGAUUGAAUCAGUCACCGUUACAUUUCUCUAUAUUAAUUUUGCAGUAAGUUAUAUCUACUGUCUUUUUUUACCUACGAGAUUUUAA